UUUCCGCGACGGGCGUCUGGCUGAGAGGCUCAGAAUAGUACCAGAUGUGGCCAUGUUUAGUUUUCGAUCUCCGAAGUUUUCGCUCAUCGUCAUAUAAACCGCUACAUUUUUAUACUGACUGCUGAAAGAGUAAAUAAUACGCAUCUGUCCGACCGAUCUCGUACUCUUCGUCUUUGCCUGCGGCUCGUUUUACUCGCUGCAUCCACAUGCUGUUUUAACGCCCUUGCCGAGAGAGAUCCGAAUUUCCGAACGACGCAGAGACGCGAACGAACGCGAGAGAAACGUAGAGACAUAGAGACAGAAAGAGAGACGAAGAGGGCGACAUUUGUUGUCUGCUGCUGUCGCGCGUCAAACGUGUCGCUCCGCCGAGCCCGUUCCAGACGGGACGUCGGAGCCACGCGAGAACCGUGACACUUCCACGGAUUAUCCGACUCCGAGAUUUACUCCGGGAAUUUUGUUCUCGUUCGCCCGCUCGUUUCUCGAUCUCUCUCUCUCUCUUUCUCUCUCUCGGCAAGAGUCGCGUGCAUUUUGCAAGAAGUCCGCUCCGUCGCUCCCUAUCUCUGUUGCUCUCGGGAUACUAAACGUUUCGGAGAAAGAGAGACAGAGAAAGAAAAAAAUCUCAACUGUCACUGUCGAGAAAAAGAGUCGUGCCUUCGUAAAACGGUUAAAAUCGCAAAAGUGAAAGCAUCGUUAUUUCGACAGGGGGGGACGGACGAGUCACCGGGGAAAGGGGGUGAAAAGGACUCCGUCCGAGGAAGAAAGAAAGAAGAGCCACUUUCCUCUUCUUUCUCUCUCGCCUCUCCUCUCCCCCCGCCUGAUUUUUUUUAUUCGUCUCAUUUUCCGGCGACGAUCAUCGACGACGGGUACGCACGCGCGGACGCGUUCCCAUUUUCUUCAGCGCGUCGCGCACUUCCGUUUCGGACACGUCGCGCGCGCACACGAGGUCGCACACGCAACGUCAGACACUCAGACAAACACAAACGGACGACGGCGGGGGGCAGGCAGGCAGACGGGCAAACAAGCAGACAGGCAAGCAAGCCAAGGCAGGACAGGGUGGGUAGGUAAAAAGAUAAUGGAGAGAGAGAGAGAGAGAAAAACGCCCACGACGAAGCGCUCGCCGUUGGGUUAGCUGUAAUGCCACGUCAGCCAGAAUGACGUCGUUCUCGCGACGGAAAGGAGGAAAGGAGGCUCUCGCGCGAUCUGACUGUAUUUCUAAUUUUCACGCGCAAAACUGAGGGAGAGGGAGAGACAGAGGGACAUAGACCCGCGCGAGGGGAAAUAUCUCGCUAGUGCAAAAAAAAAAGAGAGAAAUUAGUAGCCCUUGGCAAAGGAGAAACUUGGGAGAGGCUACGAGAAAAGUGCACGGUACACCCGCGUUUAUUCAGUUUGUAGAAAGGUCUGUCUACCUGUCUGCUUGUCUGCCUUUGACCUGCUAUAAUCCGAGCUUUGUCGAUAACCCGAGCUUCGUGAAAAAGAGUAACGAAAAUAAUGUAAAGCUGCUCACGUAGAGCGGAACGCGCAAGUUUCCGAGACAAGAUAAAAUAUUAGGAAAAGAGAUAGAGAUACGACGGAGAGAGAGAAAGAGAGAGAGCGAGAACGAGAAAGAAUUAAAAAGACGAAAUCUUUUUUUACAGUUUGUUCCACAUAUGGAGCGCCUGUUGAGCACUCCUAAAUGCUAGCGUUCGAUUGUUCCGUCAGAGCAAAGACCUGUCGAGUGUGGUCGGGCAAAUCGAUCGUAUGAUCCGCCGUCUCGGCCGACCGGACGGCCGCAGUGCUUGAUAUAGGAAACUCGGUACUUCAAUCCGGGGUACCGCCGAGAGCGCAUACGCACAGAUCGAGGUGACUCGAUCUGCGGAACCGAAAGCGAAAAUGGCAGUAGAGAGUGUUUCCGCGGCAGAGACUCUAAUCCAAAGCAGCAACGAUAACGAUUUGGAAGAUGGAGAAAUUCCAUCAGAUGAGGAUGAUGAACCAGUCAUCCGUGCAGCGAAUGACACACCGGAGGCUGCCAAGCCAACCCCAAAGCCAGAGCCUGCAAAGAAUAAGAAUUUUGAUGCAAAGUUCAACAAGAACAAAAAGGCGCAAACUGCACAAGCUAAACACGACCGAUUUCUGAAAUAUAAGACUCCUACUGAGGAUUGGGCUGGAGAUGUUGAAAAAGCUAUUAAAGCUGCGAUGGAAGAGGAUGGAGGCAAGAAUCAAGAAUCUAAAACAAAGAACAAAAACAACAGGAACAAAAUUAGAAAAAGGAUGCGCGAUGAGAGAGAAGAGGAUCGUAGUAAAGAACAAAAGAAACGAAAAUUGAGCGAUGAUGAGAACGCGAAUGAGGAUGAGGACGAAAUGCUAUUUGUACGAGGAGCUUCGCCUAUCAGGAAGGAUUCUCAAGAGAAUAAUUCCCCCAGACGUACGACGAAUGAGCAUGAGAAUUUUGAUAAUUUGGAUUACGAGGAAAGACCCAAUGUAAAUCGUCAUAGAGAAAAUGACAGCAAGCGUGGUGCUGGUCGUGGAGGAGGAGGUCGCCGUGGUGGCAAGAACGAACGUGGUAAGAAUAAGACCCGGGGCCAAAUUCGAAAUGAUCGAAAUGGUCGUCGUGCGCAGAACAAUGAUCACGGGCAGGACAUGGAUACAAUUUGUGUGUAUUACAUGCAAGGAAAGUGUCAUAGAGGAGAUGAUUGUCCGUUUUCACAUAAUGCUUUGCCACCUAGAAAGAUGGAAUUAUGCAAGUUUUAUCUUAUGGACUGUUGUGCAAAACGAGACAAAUGUCUCUAUAUGCAUCACGAUUUUCCUUGCAAAUUCUUCCAUACAGGUUUGAAAUGCAACAAUGGUGACAAUUGUAAAUUCUCUCAUCAACCUUUGAACGAACAGGUGAAGGGUAUUCUUUUAAAACACUUGGAAACUGCUCCAAAAGAAAUUCUUGGUGAUUUUCCAAGAUUAAGUAGAGAGGGUGCUAUGUUAAUGAUAAAUAAUACAGCACGUUCUCUAGCACAAGGCCAAGAUACAACGAAUCAAAAGAUUCCUAGUCUUUUCGAAUUAAAUUUAUCAGCGCCCGUAGAAAAGACUGAUGAAAAAGAAGAGAAAGAAGAACAAACAAAUCAACAAAAAGGCAAUGUGAGGGAAAGAAAACCUUCUGGAAAGAAGACGCGGUGGGGAUCGGACGAAGACAGAGUUCCUUACGAACAAAUUAUGCUACUGCAGUCGGCAAACGAAUUGGGUAUUCAACUUCCAAACGCUGCGUUAGGUUUAGCCACGCAACAAGCACAAAAGCAGGCGCAAAAUACUACAUCGCCUCUAGAUUUCUAUUGUGAAAGAAGUAUAGAGUCAAAUAAAAUUGUUGAAAAAACGAAAGAUCAUUUGAAGAACGUAGAAGAAAAUAUAUCAGAUGAGUUGAAAAAGAGGAAAGAUGUUGACUUGAGGCAAUUGCUGAACGCAAAGAACCCACCACCUGUUUAUAGUCUAGCUGACAAAGUAGCAAGUCUCACGAGAAAUAAACCCGAUGACGAAAGCGAUCAAGAUGAGGAAUCGGAACUUGUUAUCGAAGUGCCAACUGAAGAUGAGAAUAAGGAAAAAGGAAAGCUUCAUAGUGAACAAAGUGUACAAUCUCACGACAUUACUUCCUGUAUAGUAGAUAAUGAGACAGUGCCGUCUCACUUGCCAAAGAAGGCGCAAGAACUGUUUAUGCGAAUACAACAACAGCAACGCGCAGCGCAGGACAGUUUAAAAAAUAUGGACAACGAUUCCAACGCACCUAAUACCGAUCAGAUUAUCGAAGAUUGGUAUUCGGAUGACGAGGACGAUGAUGAUGAUGACGAUGAGGGAGGUAAUCUUACUAUAGUGGAUAGUACAAAAGACGAAAUAGAAAUCAUCGAGAAGAUUCCGAAGGAAGAUUUCCAGCCUGCGAUAUCUGCGCCCAACGUACCUCAGCCGGCAGCUAUUGUGGAUAAAUUAGGUGAUCUGAGUAAAAUCGACAUCAGCGCCGAGGUAUCAAAGUUACUCUCCACCCUAAAGGCACACAGCUCCACAAGCAGUAAGAUGCAGCAAGCACCAGACUCCAGUCAAGACGCAUUAAAAGCUAAAUCGGCGCAAGAAAUAAAAACGGAAGUUGAAACAUCAUCAAGUCCUAGGCGGUCACCAGGUCCGGUAAGUUCAACAACUGUGCCUGUAUCCAGAGAUCCACGAAUGUCCCGAGAUCCCAGGCAACGUCGAGAAGUUGAACAGAAACCGAGCAGCCCUAGUAUAUCUUCCGACGUGAAGAGGGAGUCGCAGAAGCCUCUCAGACUGGAAACGAGCAUCUACAGUUCUGGUAUCACCGCGGUGGAUGCGAACAUGGACACCGAUCUCCGUACGAGAGCGGAUCAAGAUCUCAGACGGCAGGACAUGGACUUUCGACAUGGACGUUUUCAAUCCGGUGACUUUGGCGACACGGAUCUGCGUGUCAAGACUGACGUAGAUCUACGGCAGAUAUUGAGUCUGCCGUUCAAACCGGCACCUGCGCAUAUACCGUGCACCGAGAUCGAUGCUAGUAUUGCAUCGCAUCCGCCGAUGACAUACAAGGUCUACGUAGUCGACAUACCUAGACCAGAUUACACCGGUCUCAAGCUAACGAAAAACGAUGCACAGGUCAAAUACGAUCCGCGUCUCCGCAAGAUCUUCCGUAUUGCCAAGCCCGAGCAACUAGCCGACUCGCCAAUGUCGCCACCGCCGCAAAUCAAGCAGGACACACCGAAGUCGCCGCCGCAAUGUGUUCGCUCAGAUCCACGACGGAAAACUCUCGAAGCAGCGGCUUCCAGUCAGCAGUCAUCUUCGCAAAAUGCUACUAACAUCACGAUGAUGUCCAAAGGAAUGCAACCAAUGGAGGCAAUGGGAUCUAAUAUGGCUCUCGGUCCUGGUGGCAUGCAGGUGAGACCUGGUAUGCCUGGCGGUCCGAUACCGAGCGGCAUACCAGGUCCGCCUCAGGGUAUGAUGGGCCCGAUGGGUCCAAAUCAUCCAAUGGGCAUGGGUAAUAUGGGUCCGAUGAGGCCUAUGAUGAACGCUGGACCGAUUCCGCCGCAGAAUAUGCCGCCCAUGGGUAUGCCACAUGGUCCAGCAAUGGGUAUGAAUGGACCCGUUCCAAUGCCACCACAGAAUCAAAUGAAUUUUGAUCCACGUUUUAACGCACAGCGUAAUAAUGGGGCUGGAUUAUUAGGACCUGGGCCGGCUACCUUUGGGCCGGACAAUUACGAAGGAGGGCCACCUUAUCCUUGUAGUGGUAAUUUUAAUAAUUUUGGAGGACCUAGUGGCAGUGGCAGCGAUCCGUUCGGGCCGAACGGAUCAAAUGGUCCCAAUUUUAGCUCGAUGGGGAGUGACGAUUGGGGUAGCAGACAGCGCGGUGGCCGUAUUCGCCGAAGAAAUCGCAGCAGGACCAAUAUAGUGACCAAUAAUUAAAAGGUGUAUUAGAGAAAGUAGACUGUGAGCACCUGAUGAUAAUUCUCACAAGCGAUAGAGUUCGCGUGUGUAUAUAUACAUACAUGUAUGAGUGCAACGCAUUCAAAAACAUAUUUUGAAGUCUUUCCAAUUUAUUUUCAUGAUGUCAAUAAAAUAUCAAAACACUUCUUGUGUAGAUCUACAGAUUUAUUUAUUAUUUACAAAUCUAUAAUAAUAUCUAUGUAAAUAUUUAUAAAUAUUCUUUACAAAAAUGAUAACUAUCUAUAUAUACAUCUUUUAUUUCUAUAAAAUUAAAUCUGUAGAAUUUACUCAAGAAAAAGAUUUAAUUUAAGCAUAAUACUUUGAAUAACGAUGAUUAUGAUUGGUAGAUUGAAAACUACUAUUGAGCAAUAGCUGAUUGUACGUAAUUUUUAAAUUAUAAUAAACGUAAUGAGAAGCUGCAUGUAUAAUGCUCAUACGCGUGCAAUUUCUUUGGAAUACCAGUGAACGUAUUCCAACACUCAGCCAGAAGAUACCGGAUCCAUCACUUUAAUUUGUACCUAACUCUUUGCAUAAUUUUCAACAAUACUUACUAGAUAUGUAAGUUCAUAAUGUAAGAGAUAUUUAUACAUAGAUUAUAUGUAUCCACUCGUUUACAAUAAAUAGAUUCUACGAAAAGACACUUAUAAUACACGCAAGUCGCGCCGAAAUAAUCAAUUAGAUAUAAAUGCGAGAAUAUGUAACAUCAAGCGGAUGUUGAGAGCCGAUUGAAUCGAUAAUUUCGUUGUCUUCCACCAAAGUGGCAUGCAAAUGUCUGUGGUCUGCAGGAUAUGCGCUGUCUCUUUACGUGAUUGACAUCCGCGAUUCGCAAAUUGAUUUCAACAUUUAUGUAUCGCGGAAAUGGAUAGAGAUUUUAAGAUAAACUGCAAUAUUUUGUAAAAAAGAAAUUGAUGUAUAUCAAUUUUGCUAAAUAUGCAAUGAAGUACUUUUUUACGCUUUAAAAAACAGAAAGAUACGCAAGUAUGUGUGUAGAUUUCAAUAUCGUUUCAAUUGAUUUCAAGAGUAUGUAAAGCAUGUCGAACACAUAAUCACUUUGUACAUCUCCGAUAAAGGUUAACCUUAAUUCUGUACACACGUUUCGGUACCUUCAGUACAAUUAAAAGUAUGUCGAGUCACUUUUUAAUUUAAUUCUCAUUACUUUUAAGUAUAAGAAAAUUCUUCAAUGACUUUUACUUGUUUUUUAACAUAUAUAUCUUUAAAAAGUAUUCGUUUUAUGGCUAUUUAUUAAAAAAAAAAUUGUACAUAAAUGUUAUAAUUACAAUGCUCUUAGUUUUUCCAAGAGAUACAUUGGCUCAUUCGUGUCGAAUCGUGUAUAUAGAGGGUUGAUUACUUAGUCCCUCCACUUCUUUUUGGUAAUACAGACCUGCGUGUCUGAACUUAUAAUACUCUGCAAAGCAGAAAUUUCUAGCAAUAUGUAUCUCGUUUAAGAUAAAUCUAAGAAUAGAUACAGGAUAUUAAGAUUUUCGCUGAACUAGACCUUAUUCGAUGUUAUUCUACAUACUUUUGUUUAUUAUUAUUGCUAUAUUAUAUAGAUACAGAACGAAAUUACAUUUGUAAAGAGCAAAGUUUACUAUCAUAUUAUAUAAAGAUUUUUGUACAGAUAACAAUUGUUGAUUCAAACAUGAGUUUUCGGUUUGGCUCAAUGAUGUAAAUACUGCUGUAUUAACUCUAUGCACUUUUUAAAAUACAAUUAUAUAGUAAACGUCUAUAUAUGAAAAAUGAAAGAUUUUUAUACAAUAUACAACCUGUAUGAAAAGUUGUAUUAAUUUUGUUUCUAAUACUCGCGAUUGCUUUUAAUUUAAAUUUGGACUGGAAAACUGGCGGCGAAUCCAACAGCAACUUAAGGCAUAAUUUCAUCAAUGUGUGAUAGAACUUAGGGGAUCGGCUCGUAUUGUCGAUAGAUCCAAUCUCGCGUCCAUCUCGUCAUCCAAUUCUCCUACUAUCGCUCUGAAAAAAAAAAUACGCCAUGAUUAAAUAAUGUAUCUUUUACUUACGUUAGAUAUUUAUUUUCAUGUAAAUGUUGGUGCAAAGUAAAAUUAUUUUUUCUAUAUUUUUCUAGUGAUGAAUACUGAUGUAAUAAAAGGAACAAUCAUAUAAUACGAUUAUUGAAACUA